AUGUUUGCCAAAGGAGUCACACCUUCAGAAACGCAAUACGACGGCUCAAAUCUCCGAAUACUAAUACUUCAUACACGCUGGAACCUUCCAGUCGUCAAAGCGCUAGUAGACGGAGCUCAAAGAACACUCAUAUCAGAAUUCAACGUGAAAGCAGAAAAAAUUAUCCUCAAAGAUGUCGCUGGGUCAUAUGAACUUCCAUUUGCCGCGCAGGAAUAUAUAAAACACAGCAUACCCAAAUUUGAUGCUGUUAUAUGCAUUGGGGUAUUAAUUAAAGGCUCCACAAUGCAUUUUGAAUAUAUUGCUGAAGCGACUGCUCAUGGAAUAAUGCGUGUCGGAAUGGAAACUGGUACGCCUUGUGUGUUUGGUGUCCUUACUUGUUUAAAUGAUGAGCAAGCGUUGGAACGGGCUGGAUUGGGUGAGAGCCCGGCAAAACAUAAUCAUGGUAUUGAUUGGGCAAGGUGUGCUGUUGAGUUGGGGGUCAAGAAACGGCAGGGUUGGUCUUCCUGA